UUUUUAAUAAUUGUAGGGUCAGGGUGUUCUUGCUCGCAGUAAUUAAUUCAUGGCCGUUGCAUAUUCAUAUCUCUAGGUACUUUUAUGUCGAUGGUCAUAGAACAGCAAAUGGCUGGUUUUGUAAAUCAACUGCUUUUCGGUGUAUGAAACGAUUUGUGCAUAUAUAUGAGAAGCGGAGGGGUGGUAUUAAAUGGCGUGACUAGACUGAAAAUUUACUUAAUUGUUCUGUUACGCAACGCAAUACAGACGAGAAUGGUCAAAAGAUUUUCCAUUGCGUCGAUUUAAUGAAUAGAAUCAACAUGUAAAGUGUUCAGUAAUUAUAAAUCAAAUAACUGACCGAACAUUUAUACGUCUGGACUUUCCAAGGUGGUGACAUAACCACCGAACAUGCGAUGGUAUAAUAAUUCAUUUAAUCAGAAUUUCCCCCAAAAAGAAUUUUAUCCACAAAUUCACACUUCUACCGUUGCGAUAGUUUCCAUAAUAUCAAUUUGAAAGUACAUAGGUUUCAGUUCGCAGAAUUAACUCCGUUUGUUUUGUUGUGAUUUGAUUGAGUCAAACUAGGGGAAUAGUCACAUUUUAAGAGCACAGUUGAUAAAUUGUAACAAUGGCUGAAAACGUGAAGGUUAUCGUGAGGUGUCGUCCGAUGAAUAAGAAGGAAUGUGACAUGAAAUGCAAGACAAUAGUUCAGAUCGAGGACUGUGCCGUCCACUUGGAAAAUCCAGCCGACAAAUCUUCACCCCCAAAAACAUUCACUUACGACAGUUCGUACGAUAGUAAUUCGUCCACUGAAGCCAUCUACAAUGACAUUUGCUACUCAUUAGUUGAGAAUGUUCUGGAAGGUUACAACGGCACAAUAUUCGCAUAUGGCCAAACUGGUUGUGGAAAAUCACACACGAUGCAAGGACCUGAAAUAGCGCUCGACAACAAAGAUAAACGAGUGCUGGCGCAGCGUGGUUUAAUUUCACGUUCGUUCGAUCACAUUUUCGAAGCGAUUUCGGUCAGCACCGGUGUCCAAUAUCUUGCUCUAGUCAGUUACCUGGAAAUAUACAACGAAAAUAUUCGCGACCUUCUCAAUCCGAACGAGAACAGUGCGAAUUUGGUGCUGAAAGAACAGCCGGGCGAAGGUGUCUGUGUACAAAAUCUGUCAACGCAUGCCGUGCACAAUGCAACGGACUGCGAACGAUUGCUGGCUAUUGGCACAAAGAACCGGAUAGUCGGUGCAACACUCAUGAAUGCGACCAGUUCGCGUUCCCAUUCGAUAUUUACGAUAAGCUUGGAACAGAUCUCAACGAAUGUCGACAAUGAUAGACAAAUGGGCGGCGACGCUGUGUCUAUUAAGAAGGGAAAAUUGAAUUUGGUUGAUUUGGCCGGAUCGGAAAGACAAAAUAAGACUGGGGCGACCGGUGAUCGGUUAAAAGAGGCAACUAAAAUCAAUUUGUCAUUGUCGGCGUUGGGUAACGUUAUAUCGGCGUUGGUUGAUGGAAAGACGAAACAUGUGCCAUAUCGAGAUUCGAAAUUGACGAGACUGUUACAGGACUCAUUGGGCGGUAAUACGAAAACGUUGAUGAUUGCCUGCAUAUCACCUGCUGCAUACAAUUACGACGAAACCCUUUCCACACUUCGGUACGCGAGUCGUGCAAAAAAUAUUCACAACAAACCGAAAAUCAACGAAGAUCCCAAAGACGCUAUUCUGCGAGAAUACCAGCAAGAGAUUAUGAAACUGAAACAAAUGCUGAAUGGCGGAUACAGUGUGAAUGAGGGCAAUGUGUCCAGCGAAUGGUUGAAUGAGGAGAAAAUGAAACUGAAGACCAUGUAUGAUGCUGAGACGGAGCGACUGAAACGAGAACAUGAAAUGCAGCGAAAGGAAAAAGAAGAUCUGGUUCGAGACAUGGAGCAGCUUAAACUGCACUACGAAAACCAAUUGACGUCCCUAAGUCAAAAGGUUGCCGAGCCGAACAACAACAGUGAGCACUUCAACAAUCGCAAUUUGGUGGACUCAAUACACAAUCACGAAAAGGAGACAAUCAAUAUCAAAGGUGAUCUGAUUGGCGGAGAACGGGCCAACGAUGUACAAUUGAAGGAAAAGCAUAAACGGAAAAAGCAGGCGGCUGAGAAACGAAUGAGUGCGCUGGCAAAUGCUUUAAAUCGGAUAGGACAGACUGAAGACCGAGAUAUUCUUCAGGGUCACUACAGCAGUAUUCAACAGGAACUACAGGUUAAAACGGACGCAUUGAAGUCCCAACGACAAAAGGUUCGUGCCUUGGAACGGGAAGUAUCCGACCUACAAUCCGAAUUUCAAUUAGACCGGGCCGACUAUCUGGAAACCAUUCGACGCAUGGAUAAAAAUAUGAAAUUCUACCAGCAACUGAUCGAUAAGGCACUUCCGUUACUGCGUCGCGACGGAAGAUUUUGGGAUGUCGAUGCCAUCAAAGCCGAUGCGGUGUGGAAUGACGAUUUGGGAAAGUGGAAAUUACCCGAAAAUUCGAUGAUAAAGUUGAAACUUCCGCCAGCUGUGGAUCCGAAACAACAAAAUGGUCGGGAGAAAAGUUCGUCGUUAACGGCGCCGGGACGCUUGGAACGAUCAUCGAGUCAAUCAUUUAAACAUUCAUCACAUGCAAACGUGUCUAGCACGACUGUAGAAAACGGUGGUGACGGACCGAAUGAGGAAUGUGAUUCGAAUUUGUUAAUCAAGAAACUUCAACGAUCCGAUGGUAAGGAUAUAGCUGUGUCAUAUUUUCGACCAAGGCGAGCAGUCGAACUGAUACAACAAAGCCGAGUCAUUAAUAACUGGAAAGGCAAUGCAAAUUGGGCAACGCCGGUAACAAAUCGAGCGUUAAUCUCACAACCAUUUCUACCAACACCAACCAGUCAACGGCAGUCAGGACAGCUUCCAUUAAGCAAAACAUGGUGUGGUCCACCGACACAGUCCCUUCUCAUAUCCGCGAAUCGAGACUCAUUGGUGCACGAUCAGUGGAUACCGAACAAUGAUGAUUCACAGCUGAUAUCAGAGAAUCUAAGCCAACAAAAGCAUCGACCACAAGCUGCAACAGCUGGACGUAGUAGAAAUUUAUCGAUGGUACUCAAUGAUGUGGAGGACGAUCAAUCGACAGUUUCGUGAUAAUAAUUUGGAAAAAACAACAUUCCGUUCGGAUGAAAAUGGUUUUGGAUAUGACAUCAAAGUUUCACCUUCGUUUUGGGUUUGGUUUUCGUUUUCGGCAUAAAAUGUUUAACUACCGUUGUACCUUACAGUAAAUUGUAAAAAUAAAAAAAAAACUUUCGUCAAAAUGUGAUUCUUUUGGUAUGUAAACUUGAUAGAAAUAUACGAUAAAUAAAGGCAGAGAGGUUAUGUUUA